AUGAGGAAACGCUUACGGGACAGUGACGUCUUUAAAUCGCGUAAUCUUCAAGAAAGUGCAAGGAGAUGGCGUGGACAGGGUGGAACUUGUGUGCAGGCGGAACAAGAAUCAAGAGGUCGAGAAAAAGAGGGAAAUUUAAACCGUCGGAACCGUCUGUCAAAACGGCUGCAUUAGCGCGCAACGGCUAACACAAAUAGCUGUAAAUCAAGAGUAAUAAAUACAGACGCAUGCUUUCUGUUGUGAACGAGACUUCUCGUAAUGUUACAGAAUGGAGUUGAGCCACGACAAGCUUUUAGACUCCCCCUCCAAAAACAGCUACAUAGGGAGCUACUACCAACCUCCGGACAAGAUACUGGCACUUCCAAAAGAAGCAGGGCUGACCCCCAAAACCGCAGAGACCCGUAUGGACGGUCCUGAGCUCCAACCGACUAUACAGAACAGCCAGGGUGUCGCGGACGCACUGAAGACACUUCAGGAAAAAAUUAAACGGCUGGAGCAGGAGCGGCAGCAAGCGGGAAAGAGCUUGGAUGCGAGGAAGCAUGAGCCUGCCGCCACGUCAACGAGCCUGCCGGUGACAGAAAGCGAGAACAGGAGCGAGCUGGACUCCAAGUUGCAGUCUGCCGAGUCUCGCUGUAAGAUGCUUGAGAAGCAGCUCGACUACAUGAGGAAGAUGGUGGACGGCGCAAGGACGCACAAGGGCACUCCGAUGGACAAUCAGAAGCAACGAGAGAAGGAGCCAAGCAACGCAAACAACCAAAUUCAACGCGAAAAGCUACAGAAACUUGAAUCGGACUGUCUCAAACUGAGCAGAACGCAAAACUUGUCCGAGAUGAAGCUUGCUGUUCUAGAGCAGAGGCUUCUGAAGGAAGAGCAUGAGCGUAAACUGGUGCAGGAGAAAGCAGGCCAGCUGCAGCGAGAGUUGGACCUCAACCUCCGACUAUCCUCUCCACCGGCCGUCCACCAGACGAAGCCAAAGAAGACUCCCCAAAAGCCCAUUCUGGUAUUAUUUAAAAAUCUUACGCUGCUUUAUGCGCUAACUGAUCCCUGCUAUGCUCCAAUUCAGAAAUCCCCCAUAUCGAAUGGGAUACAGAGGCACAAAAGGAUUCCAUUUGUGGCAGGAACGUCGACUAGCCCGAGCCACUCGGUGCACGCCAACAUGCAGAGCAUACUACACAUGUUCAAGCACCACCAUCCUCAGCUGUGCGAGCGAUUGAGCACCCUGCACUGCUCGGGCGGCGCCGGUGCCAGGAAGAGCCUGCGCAUGGACGUCCAGCUGGCGGCCCAGGAGCCCGAACCCGACUCCCAGUCACUGGGCUCGCUGUCAGACCUCCUGCUGGCCCUUCAGGACGAGCUGGGACAGAUGGGCUUUGAACAUCAAGAGCUAAUGCGUCAGAUUGAUGCCACUCAGCAAAUGGAGCAACGGAAUAAACUGCAGAGAGAACUGGAAAGUAUGGUGGCCAGGAUGGACAAAAAAGGAGCGCAGAUCAUUAAACUGAGAAAACACCAGCAAACGGUCCACAAGUUGAGCCAGCAACCGCGGUCCACCAACAAGGCCACCGAGCCGAACACCGUGAAGCCAUCGUCGUCUUUUCCUGCACCGAAAAAUUAUAAUCGUCAUCAGGACAGGCCGAGCAGCGCAGGUCAGCAGAGCCUACGCAUUCUCAGGGAGACACAGAAGUUGCGCAACAGCCUCAAAGAAGAGGACAUCAGAUGGGAACCUUGACUCUGAUGCGCCACGUGUUUUUAAAUCUCAUUUUCAACUGUUUAUAUCCUUUUUUUUUUUAAUAAAACAUUUUAUACA